UGGGGCUGGCCCCGAGACUAGGCGAGCUGGGGGUGGGGGGCUAGUUUUUGCAACGGCUAAGGGCCUGCGGGUUUAUUAUAAGGCGGAGCUCGGCGGGAGAGGUGAGGGCUGGAGCCGAGCCGGGCGGAGAGGAAUCCAGAGGUAGAGAGCGGACUGCAGCCGGCGGAUUCCGCAGCCCUCGCCAGGGACAGCCGCGCGCGGGGCAUUGCCCGAAGGGUGCCGCGCGCAACGACCCGGCGGAGCCGGCGCGGAGCCCCGCGCAGUCCGUACCGCGCGGCGUCGCCGCGAUCCCCGCAGCCCGCAGCGCUCCCGCCGCCGGUCCGGGCAGCAUGAGGCGCGCUGCGCUCUGGCUCUGGCUCUGCGCGCUGGCGCUGCGCCUGCAGCCAGCUCUCCCGCAAAUAGUGGCCACAAAUGUGCCCCCUGAAGAUCAGGAUGGCUCUGGGGAUGACUCUGACAACUUCUCUGGCUCAGGUGCAGGUGCUCUGCAAGAUCUCACCUUGUCACAGCAGCCCUCAUCCACCUGGAAGGGCACGGAGUUCCUGACGGCCGUGCCCACAGCCCCAGAGCCCAGCGGCACAGAUAACACCGCCACCUCCACGUCCAUCCUGCCGGCUGGAGAGAGGCCUGAGGACAGAGAGGCAGUGCUCCCGGCAGAGGUGGAGCCUGGCUUCACGGCCAGGGAGAAGGAGACCACCCACCCACCCGGCGAGACCACGCCACCGCCGACCACUCACCAGGCAUCAACAGCAAGAGCCACCACGGCCCAGGGGCCUGUCACCUCCCAUCCCCACAGGGACAUGCAGCCUGACCACCAUGAGACCUCAGCUCCUGCAGGACCCAGCCAGCUCGACUCUCACGCGCCCAGCGUGGAGGACCGUGGUCCUUCUGCCACUGAGAAGGCUGCUGAGGAUGGGGUCUCCACUCAGCUCCCAGCAGGAGAGGGCUCUGGGGAGCAGGACUUCACCUUUGACAUAUCUGGGGAGAACACAGCCGUGGCCGCUGUGGAGCCCGACCAGCGGAAUCAGCCCCCAGUGGACCGUGGGGCCACGGGGGCCUCCCAGGGCCUCCUGGACCGGAAGGAAGUGCUGGGAGGGGUCAUCGCUGGAGGCCUCGUGGGGCUCAUCUUCGCCGUGUGCCUGGUGGGUUUCAUGCUGUACCGGAUGAAGAAGAAGGACGAGGGCAGCUACUCCUUGGAGGAGCCGAAACAAGCCAAUGGCGGGGCCUACCAGAAGCCCAGCAAACAGGAGGAGUUCUACGCCUGACAGGGACAGGGCUCUUCCUGCCCCUGCCACUCGCUAGGCCCCCACUUGCCUCUUCCACGAAGAACUGCAGGCCCUGCCACCAUGCCACCUCCCCGGCUCCCUGCCCACGGACUUCCGGGGCACGCUGGGGGCUCUCCUCUGCUUCUCUGACUUCUGCCUGGAGACUUGGGCGCAAGGGCUUUCUCGCACGUGACUUUUCUGCCACCGCCAGCACCUGGCAUCUCAUCAUUCUGACUCAGUUUCUCCAACCUGGAGCAGCCCCUCCCCGGACCCGAUUCUGGAGACAAAGGGGACCCUGCUGCUUUGGACCUGGAUGGCCCGCUUGGCCGAGGGCUGGCCCAUCUGUCGCACUUGCUGGUGGAGACCAGUGGUCUGGGGGCACAUUUCCACCCUUGAGUGGCAGGGAGAGGAGUUCGGAGCUCCAUCAGAGCGACGUUUUGCGGGGAGGUCUCAUUUAGAUACCAACUUGUUUUUGCACAUGUUUCCUCUAGUUUCUUUGUUCAUAGCCCAGUAGACUUGGUUACUCCCGAGGUAAGUUAAGUAAGUUGAUUUGGUUACCCCCAUCUUGCUUCCCUAAUCUACGGCGAGGAGACAGCAUCAGGGUUAAGAAGACUGUUUUUGUUGUUGUUGUUUUUUUUUUUAACUAGGAGAACCAAAUCUGGAAGCCAACGUGUAGGCCUAGUCUGUGUGUUGUCUCUGAGUUUGUCACUCACGUGUGCAACAGGGUAUGGAAUGUCUGUCGGGUGGCCCCAUUGGGGGGCUGGCUGAUCCUGGCAGCCGUGGGCAGUCACGUCUGGAGCGGUCACGCUUGUGUCCACGGACUCGGGGUCGCUGCCGUGGCCCAGGCUGCCGCGAUGUUGAGCUGUGUGAGGACGGAAUCCCGGCACCUCAAGCUGGGGACCGAGAAGAGAGGACUGUGGGGUGAGCGAGGUGGUAGUGGCCCCAGAGAAUCUCCUGAAGACCGAGCCCUUCCUUUGGUGCUGUCUCUGGGGCACAUUUUCUUCCAGAAGGUGAUGAGAGGGGCCUGGGCACACCUGGCAUGGAGCUGCUCCACGUACGACCAGGUUCACCUCUGAUUAGCUCCUGUGGCCCUGCCCCCUGGGCUGGAAUCAGGAAUAUUCCAAAGAGAGAUAGUCUUUUGCUUUUGGCAAAACUCUACUUAAUCCAAUGGGUUUUUCCCUGUACAGUAGAUUUUCCAAAUGUAAUAAACUUUAAUAUAAAGUAGUCAUG